AUGAAGAAAGGCUCGGCCAUAGAGAAAACUAUAGAUACGGCUCUGGAGUCCACGGACGAGUUGCGUGCCUAUGGGUUCUUCAAACGCUUCUCUGAUAAGCUCGACUCGCUCGGAGUAGAAGCCCGAGGCAUCGAGAGGAUUCAGCCUUACGAGAGAGCGGUGAACAAGAGGAAGCAAUUUAUCACUGUGAUGGGCCUUUGGCUCUCAGCUUGUGGAGGAUUGUCGUCAAUGUCGUCUUUCUACUUGGGUCCUUUGCUUUUCGGACUUGGGCUCAAGAAUACCGCCAUCACUGGUCUUGUGGGUAUGACGGUUGGAUGCCUCGUUGCUGCUUACUGCUCGUUGAUGGGCCCUCGUUCUGGAUGCAGACAGAUGGUCAGUGCCCGUUUUUUGUUUGGGUGGUGGUCCGUCAAGCUCGUUUGUUUGGUCAGCAUCAUCGGUGUGAUGGGUUGGUCGGUGGUGAACUGUGUGGUUGGGGGCCAGAUCCUUUCAUCCAUGAGCGAUGGCAAGGUUCCGCUUAUAGCGGCAAUUGUCAUUAUUGCAUGUGUAUCGCUUUUGGUCUCGAUCGGUGGUAUCCACUAUUUGCUUCGUGUGGAGGCAUUGCUCAGUUUACCAGUGAACUUUGCGUUUCUCAUGCUUUAUGUGGUUUCUUCCCAGAAGUACGAAUACCUCCUGAAUGCAGAUGCUCCACAUGUGGAUGCGGCUACUGUCAAGGGUAACAUGUUUUCUUUCUUUUCGUUGUGCUUCUCCAUCACCAGCACCUGGGGCUCGAUUGCAUCCGACUACUACAUUCUCUUCCCUGAAGAUACCCCAGACGUGCAGAUUUUUGCCCUUACAUUUUUUGGCAUCUGGGUGCCCACGACGUUUGUGGGAACCGUGGCCAUUCUUAUUGGAAAUGUCGCCUUGACCUACGGUCCAUGGGCUGAAGCUUACGAGACGAUGGGAAUGGGCGGACUACUCAAUGAGGCAUUCAAGGCGUGGGGCGGAGGCGGGAAAUUUCUCCUUGUGCUUAUCUUCCUUUCCCUUAUCUCCAACAACAUCCUCAACACCUACUCUGCUGCAUUUGGUGUCCAGCUUAUUGGCAUCCCAUUGGCCAAGGUGCCUCGGUGGAUGUGGGCCAUUGUGCUCACGGCUAUUUACCUUGUGUGUGCCAUUGUGGGCCGUAACAAGUUUAGUGAUAUCUUGGGCAACUUCUUGCCGAUGGUGGGUUACUGGAUCUCGAUGUACUUUGUGAUGCUUCUUGAGGAAAACACCAUUUUUCGCAGCCAAUACUUCCACCGCCUCUACACCAAGGAGAACGAAGUGGAAGAAGGCACGUCGGCGCUCUACAAGAAAAGACGCCAAUUUUACAAUUUCGCCAUUUGGAACGAUUACGAGCGACUCACCAGAGGCCUUGCAGCCACGGCAGCUUUUGUGUGUGGUGCCGCUGGAGCCGCAGUGGGCAUGUCGCAGGCCUACUGGAUAGGGCCGUUGGCGCGGAAAGUUGGAGGUGAAGAAGGUGGUGACAUAGCAAUGUGGCUUUGUAUGGCGUUCAGCGGCACGGUGUAUCCGUUUGCCCGGUACUGGGAACUCAAAAAGUUCGGGCGUUAA